CAGAACUUGUGAAAAUAGAUUUUUAUAUUUCAAAUAUUUUCCUUAAAAAAAGUUGAAUUUAUAUUAAAUAUUCUAAAAUUUAAUCAUCCAAAAGUCUAGUUUUAUUUUUAAUGCACCACAGCAAAAUCAAUUAUAUUCAAAAGUGAGAUAUUUUUUUAUGUUAAGGAAGAAAUAAUAUAUAUAUAAGGUUAAUUGAAGGAUAUUGAAAGAAAGAAAACUUGCAAGAAUAGAAUUGCGAACUAUGAGAAAAUACUUAAAAAAUUUUAAAAUAAGUAAAUUGCAUCUUGUUGAAGAAGUUUUGAAACUUCUCUUAAAAUCGUCUAAUACAUUCAACAUACACAUUAUUAAACACAAAUAAAAAGGAAAUUAGCAAAAUAAGAUUGAAAUUAUAGGAUUGGUCGGUGCCUAAAAUUAUUAGUUAUAGCCAAAUUACUUUCACUUAAACAACUUAUACUGGUUCAAAUGAUAUUAAUAAUUUGUCUACCAGCUUUUUAAUUGAUCAAACCCUAUUGCAAUAACUUUUAUCGCUACCCAUGUAACAUAUGUGAGUAUAUUGACAUAUAUAUACACAUAAAUAUAUCUGUAUAAAAUAUGCAAGUUAAGUAUAUUUAAAUAGCAAUAAGAGGAACGACGGAUCAAUUAUUACAAAGCCCUUUAAUAAAAAUUUCUUUGCCAUGCAAAAAUUUAAAUAAAGAUUUCAGAUUAAAUUCUAUUCAAAUCAUUUUAACAAAAUUCAAAAAAGGAAAACAAACAUAAAUUAAAAAAAAUUUAAAACAAUAGUAUUGUAGGCAUAUAAAACUUAUCAUUUAAACGUUAAUGUUAAAUAAAUAAUGUGUAAUGUCUGCAAAUUCAAAAUUUCCUGAAAUUUGGUACAGUAUAUUUAUAUGGACAGUAUUUUCAUCAAUAUUUAUUCACACAUGUGCAGCUAUAGUGUCAUUUUUAACAUUACGCAAACAUAAAUUUGGACGUUUUUUCUCCGUGCUAAUAUUAGUGACUGGUUUUGUAUUACCAGUUACAACGGGUUUAAUUAGCAGUGCUAUAAUUGCCUUAGUACAUUGGGCAGCAACGGUACCAUCUCACACCGAUUCAGAUAGAUUUGUUUACCAAUUUAAUGAAAUCUAUGGUAUUAUAUAUGGUGUUGGACAAACAAUAUUAUCGGCAUGUUUGGGUUUCACACGAAUAUUAGCAACGCUUUAAAUUUAAACUUAGUCCUAAUUUCAGAUGAAAAAAUGUUUAGGGAAUUUUUUUGUUUUAGAUAUUGGAAUCAUUUUUUAUUGAUAAAGGCAAGGCGAAGUAUUGCCACACAAAAUCAUAAAAGAAAAGUUCGUUUAAAAUUCAACAAUCGACUAUUGAAUAAGUAUAAUAAACAAUUAUAAAACAAAAAAUAUAUAUGAAACAAUAUCUAUAAAUUAAAGUAAUAUUACGUUUUAUUAGUAAUAUAUAUUAAAAUAUAUAAUAAAAAAAGGUGAAUUAAAUAAAAAAUUAAUUAAAAUAAAUAAAGUAUUUAAUCAUUAUAGUCAUCAAUAUUUUUAAGUGAAAUCAUCAAUAUAUAAAAUGAUAAAUAUAUUUUAUGCAUGAACUUUGUUUUG